UAAUAAUAUGUUUUCUCUUUGAAAGGAACAAAAACAUAUUCUUUGCUCAAAGCGCUGCGAAAAACCCCUCCUUUUCCCACCCAAACAGAGAAACAGAGAUCGCAGAACAAUGGGAGGAGAAGAAAAGCGACACGAGAUGAUGCAGAAUCUCUUCGGAGAUCAAUCUGAGGAAGAGGAAGAGGAAGAAGUCGAAGUCGAAUCCGAGCAUGAAUCUAACGCUCAACUCAAUUCCGAUGAAGGAGAAGGAGGGUUAGGGCAAGAAGGUGAGGAAGGAGAAGGAGAAGUUGAAGGGCAAGGAGAGGUAGAAGAAGUAGAGAGUGAAGGAGAGAGGGAACAGAUUUCUCAAGAGGUUGAAGUUGAGGGUGGUGAUCAAAGAGGAGAAGAAAGUGAAGCUAGGGAUACAGAUAGUGAUGCCAAAGAUGAUUAUAGUCAGAGAGUUGUUACCAGUAAGCGUAGAGAUGUUGUUGAAAGUGGAUCUGAGGAUAAUCAAUUCAAUGAAAAUGAUGAUGAAGAAGAAGUUGAUGCAGCUAGAAGAAGUAUAAGUGGGUCACCCAGAGAUGACAAAGAUCACACUCUUGGUGUGCAUUCUGCCCCAGAAAUUCGUGAUGUAUUUGGUGAUUUUGAUGAUGAAGAAGAAGAGGAUAUGGCUUAUCCAGUUCAGCAGGACAAUGAACAAGAUUCAAAUAGAUAUCCUGCGGAGGAGGAAGAAGGGAGUUAUGGGAAGAGCCUGAGACCAGAGGAUAUACUUGCUGAUGAAGAUCAUCAAUAUGAAUCAGGGGAGGACAACAUUGAGAUGAAAAUUAAAGAGAAGCCACUUGGGCCACCGUUGGAGUUAGAGAUUCCAUUACGUCCGCCACCUGCUCUUCCUGAUAAGAUGAACAUGAUUAAAGUUUCCAAUAUCAUGGGUGUCGAUCCAAAACCAUUUGAUCCUAAAGCAUAUGAAGAAGAGGAUACCUUUGUAACUGAUGAAUUUGGAAACAAGAAACGCAUACGCUUGGAGAACAAUAUUGUACGUUGGAGGAAAGUCACAAAUCCUGAUGGCACAACAUCUGUUGAAAGUAAUGCUCGCUUUGUAAGGUGGUCUGAUGGCAGCCUUCAGUUAUUAAUUGGGAAUGAAGUUCUUGACAUAUCAGUGCAGGAUGCCCAGCAUGAUCAAGCACAUCUUUUCCUUAGACAUGGAAAGGGAAUCCUGCAAUCACAAGGAAGGCUAAAUAAGAAAAUGAGAUUUAUGCCAUCUUCCUUGUCAUCGAAUUCUCAUCGGUUGUUGACGGCUAUUGUUGACUCAAGGCAAAGGAAGGUUUAUAAAGUUAAAAACUGUGUUACAGACAUUGAUCCUGAGAGGGAAAAAGAGGAAAAGGAAAAGGCUGAAAGUCAGACUAUCAGGGCUAACGUACUUCUUAACCGUAAGCGUGAAAAGGUGAAUCGGAAAUAUGCUCCAACUGAUAGGAGGCGUCAACUUUCUCCUGGGUUUUUAGAGGAUGCUUUGGACGAGGAUGAUGAAGCAGAAUAUUAUGACUCUCGUCGUACACAGCGUAACUUUAAGGACGAUUUGGAAGCAGAAGCCCGAGCCGAGAAACGGAUUAUGAACGCUAAGAAGUCACAAGGACCAAAGGGCAUCCCUCGCAAGUCAUCUUUUCCACCAGCAAAAUCCUCACGGCACUCAAUCGGUUACUCAGAUGACGAGAGAGAGGAGUCUGAGUAUGAAACUGAGGAUGACGAGGAAGAAGAAAGGCCUCGUAAGAGGGUUGAGGACAGUGAGCCAGAGUAUGAGGACGAUGAAGAAGAUUAUGAAGAACCGGCUCAAGCUAAUGAUGCUUCGGAUGAGGAAGAAGGGGAGGAAUUGAAGCCAAAGAGUAAUAAUUCAAAAGGUAAAGGCAAAAGUAGGGGGUUUGAAUCUGAUGAAGACUCUCCUCCUAGGAAAAAGCCAACCACUCAUCGGCGAAUGACAGUUGUGUCUGACAGUGAUGACGAAUGAAAUUCCUUAUUAAUUUUUGAAUUUUUUUCUCAUCUUGACCUUUGUGUCUUCAACAAAGCAUAUAUAGAGCUACAAAUAUUAGAUUUUUAUAUCUUUGUGCCCAUGUAAAUUUAAGAUAAAUGACUAUAAUUUUGGGUCUCACAAGCUUCGUCAGAUUCGACUUAAAUCUAUAGCUGAAACAGACCUCCCCCUCAAGUUUCUGAGUCGUUCUCCUCACUUAAUGGGCUAUAACUCUCAUUAGUGAGCCAAAUUGAGCAAAAUUUGUGGCUGUUUGAAGCACUCAGACGGGCAUGCUUUGGGUUAGAGAAAAGAGGGUUGGCCGAUUUGAACCAGGGGUAUACAUAGGUUCCAAGACAGACAAAAAAUGGGAGAAAAAUUAGAAGAAUUUGAGAGCUUUCUCACUUGUUUGCUUCAUCUUUAAGUUUUCUAUCUCGUUAUUUCUUUUGUAACCUUGUUUUCCAUGAGUUCUCUUGUCUCAAUAAGGGGCUAACUUUCUUAAUCAAUCAUUGGAUGUAGACAUUAUUGAUGUUUAAUUUAUGAAAUCUUGUUCUAUUUGAUUUGUU